AUGGCUUUUAAUGAAGGAGAAAACUCUGAAACCAACAACCCAAGAAGAGAAGAGGGAGCAGGUCUUUCGCCAAUACAAAUGGAGGCAUUGACGGGGCAUUUUACGCGAUUGUUUCAGACUGAGAUAGAGGCUUUGCACCAGCGGUUGGAUAGAGCACCACAGCCUCAACAUCAGUACGAAGAGGAACCAGGCCGGAGGGGCAGAGAUUGGCCUAGACAUAACAGAAAUGAAGAAGACGACUACUACAACCAAAGAGGCAAUUCAUCUAGUGAGGGUCAAAGGCGACCAAGACGAAACAGAGAGGCUAGAGGGAGAAAUGAUGAUGAUUUGAGAGGGAUCAAGCUGAAAAUACCGCCAUUCCAUGGAAAGAAUGAUCCAGAUGCUUACUUGGAGUGGGAAAAGAAAAUGGAGUUAGUCUUUAGGUGUCAAGACUAUUCAGACCGCAAGAAGGUUCAAGUAGCUGCUACAGAGUUUUAUGAUUAUGCGAUCAAUUGGUGGGAUCAACUGGUAACUAGUAGGAUGCGCCGACGAGUCCAGCCUGUUGACACAUGGGAUGAGUUGAAGGCAGUUAUGAGGAAGAGAUUUGUGCCCAGCCACUACAACAGAGAGUUGCAUCAGAAACUGAGACGUCUAAGUCAAGGAAGCAAGAGUGUAGAGGAUUACUUCCAGGAGAUGGAGUCUCUUAUGAUUAAAGCUGACAUAGAAGAAGAAGGAGAUGCAACUAUGGCAAGGUUUCUAGGAGGAUUGGCCAGAAAUAUUCAAGAUCAAAUGGAGUUGCAGACCUAUGAAGACUUGGAAGAGAUGUUGCACAAGGCGAUUCUGAUUGAGGAGCAACUUAAGAAGAAGAGCAGUACUCGACAAGUCAUUGGUUCUAGUCAAAAGCCGAGUUACUACAAGGAGGACAAGUCAAGUUUUCGGCCUAGAACAGAAUUCAAACCAAAUGUGGGAGCUAAGCCAAAUAAUGUUGGACAAGAGUUAAAAGGAAAAGCUGAGGCUACUCACACAAGGAACCGAGAUAUCCAAUGCUUCAGAUGUCAUGGGAUAGGACACUAUGCUAGCCGAUGUCCAAACCAGCGAACCAUGAUAUUGAUGGAGAAUGGAGAGAUUGAAACAGAGGAAGAGAAAGAAUGUGAUUCUACUUCAUCUUUGGAAGAACAUGAGGUUUGUGCUACAGAGGGAAAAUUGUUGGUUACGCGAAGAGCUUUGGUGAUGCAAGACAAGAUCCAGGAAGUACAACAACGAGAAAACUUGUUCCACACAAGGUGUUUGGUGAAGGAUAAAGUGUGCAGUCUUAUCAUUGAUGGAGGAAGUUGUACUAAUGUUGCAAGCACUAUUUUGGUGGAGAAGUUGAAGUUGGAUACAAAGAAGCAUCCCAGACCAUAUAAUCUUCAGUGGUUGAACAACCAAAGGAAUAUGAAGGUUAGCCAUCAAGUGUUGAUUCCAUUAUCCAUUGGGAAGUAUGAAGAUGAAGUGUUGUGUGAUAUAUUGCCCAUGGAAGCAAGUCACAUUAUGUUGGGAAGGCCAUGGCAGUUUGAUCGCAAGGUUAAUCAUGACGGCUACACCAACAAACAUUCUUUUGAGCACAGAGGGAAGAAGAUCACACUAGUUCCAUUAACACCACAAGAGGUCUACGAAGAUCAGCUGCAACUUGGAAAGAACAAUGUGAGUGAACCCCUAAACACUAAAAACCACAAAGAAGAGAGUGAGAGUUUGAGAAAAACCCAGCUAAAGGCCUUUGAGAGUAACCCUGUGAGACAAUCUAAUUUCUUUGUGAGAGAAAGUGAGAUUAAGAGAGCUUUAUUUUUGGAUCAACCAAUCAUUAUGCUUAUGUACAAGGAAACUCUCAUGAGUUUGACUAACCCUGAGCCGGAACUUCCGAGCAAUAUUGUUUCUCUUUUGCAGGAUUAUGGUGAUGUUUUUCCAGAAGAAAAUCCAGAUGGUUUGCCACCAAUUCGGGGAAUUGAACAUCAAAUAGACUUUGUCCCAGGAGCUUCACUUCCUAAUAGGCCAGCCUAUAGAACCAAUCCUAUGGAGACAAAGGAGCUGCAGAAACAAGUCAGUGAGCUCAUGGAAAAGGGAUACAUUAGGGAGAGCAUGAGCCCAUGUGCUGUGCCGGUGUUACUUGUACCUAAAAAGGAUGGUAGUUGGAGAAUGUGCGUAGAUUGCAGAGCCAUCAACAAUAUCACUGUAAAGUACCGCCACCCUAUUCCUCGCUUAGAUGACAUGCUAGAUGAGUUACAUGGGUCUUGUGUGUUUUCUAAAAUUGAUCUUAAGAGUGGAUAUCACCAAAUUCGUAUGAAGGAGGGUGAUGAGUGGAAAACUGCAUUUAAGACUAAGCAUGGAUUAUAUGAAUGGCUUGUGAUGCCUUUUGGGUUAACAAAUGCACCUAGUACUUUUAUGAGGUUAAUGAAUCAUGUCUUGAGAGCAUUCAUAGGAGUUUUUGUGGUUGUGUAUUUUGAUGAUAUCUUGAUCUACAGUCGAAGCCUAGAUGACCAUGUAGAGCAUUUGAAAACUGUUUUAGAUGUUCUUAGGAGGGAGCAACUGGCAUUAAGGUGGACGAAGAAAAGGUAA